AUGGGCGUGGACUGCGCUGAAUUCUGGUCUGGUCUCCGCCUUCGUGACGUCGAGGCAUCCGUCAUAUGGCAGAUAAUUCGACUUAUCGUAAUAGCUCUGCCACCCCCAGAAAGCGACGCCAAAAGCAAUGCAGACCUGGCUCCAAUAUGUGGUUUCACCACAUACACCCUCAAGAGCGCGGCUGCCCAAGAUCGGGGUUCGGAUGUUACGUCUCCGGGUUGA